UGAAAAAGUUUCACUAGCAUAUUUAACUUUUUCGAGACAAAACACAACGGAUCAUUUGUUAGAAAAGUGUACCAAAUUGAACUCCGAUUGAACCAGAAACCCUAGAAUUUUGUGACCGACGAAGAAGAAGAUUGAGGAGAUGAAGAGAGUUUUCGGCAUUAAGAAGGAAACACAACCUGCUCCAUCUGUUCAAGAUGCUUCCGAUAGGAUCAAUAAAAGAGGUGAGUCAGUGGAAGAGAAAAUCAAGAAGCUUGAUGCUGAACUUGCAAGGUACAAGGAACAGCUAAAGAAGACUCGACCAGGUCCAGCGCAGGAGGCAGUAAAAGCUCGAGCUAUGAGAGUGCUGAAGCAAAAGAGAAUGUAUGAAGGCCAGCGGGACAUGCUCUACAAUCAGACAUACAACUUAGACCAAGUCUCAUUUGCUGCUGAGGGGAUCAAAGAUGCUCAGCAAACAAUGGCAGCAAUGAAGUCAGCAAACAAAGAAUUAAAAGGAAUGAUGAAAACUGUGAGCAUUCAAGACGUAGAUAACCUACAAGAUGAAAUGACAGACCUGAUGGAUGUUAGCAAUGAAAUUCAAGAGACUCUUGGUAGAAGCUACGGUGUGCCUGAUGACGUUGAUGAAGAAGAGCUCAUGGGUGAGCUUGAUGCUCUGGAAGCGGACAUGGAAUUUGAAGAAGGUGUCCCUUCAUACCUACAACCUGACAAGGAACCAGAUCUCGAAUCAGAGCUUAACAUGCCAUCAGCACCAAUGGGACACGCAUCAAUGCCAGCUGGUAGAGCUAAUGCGCAGGUAUCGUCAAUUAGACCUGAAAACUAAUCGACCUCUUUUCUGUUA